CGGUCGUUUUGUUACGCCUUUCAGCAAAGCGCACUACCGCAUUGGAUAUUUUGUUUCCGCUCUUACCCGAUACAAACAAGAUGGCCGACGUUGUUGAAAUCCAUAAAUUGAAGUUGGCUGAGCUCAAGCAGGAAUGUGCUGUGAGGGGAUUGGAGGUGAAAGGAAACAAAGGUGACCUUAUUGGACGGUUGCAGGCAUACCUUGAGGAGCAUGAAGAUGAGGUGAAUGAAGAGGAGGUCUUGGGAGAGUUAGAGGACGAGCCUAAAGAGGAGGAAAUCAAUGAAAGACCUGCAGAAGAGGCAGCAGGAGAGACAGCUGUGCCUGAAAAGGAUGCUGAGAAGAAAGUUGUGAAAAUCACUGCCCCAGCAGCUGCAGGGGAGAAGCUGCAAAAGAGGGCGGAGCGUUUCAACCUGCCUGCCACUGCUGAUAGUAAGAAAGAGGCCCGCGCUGCCAGGUUCGGUUUACCAGCUCCAACGCCGGCUUCCACACCAGGUGCACCAGUUGCGAAUAGCAAACCAACUGUCAGCGUUGAGGUCCUGAAGAAGCGGGCAGAGCGCUUUGGCAUGAAUGUCUCCCCUGUUGCCAAAACGGUUGAAGUUGACGAGAAACUGAAAAAGAGGAAGGAGAGGUUUGGGAUUCUCACCGCUGCUGCUGCAGUUGGGGCUGAAGAUAGUGAGGCAAAGAAGAGGAAACGUGCAGAGCGAUUUGGAAAUAAUUGAUUCAACAAUUUUUUACUUUUUUUUAACAUGUCAUUGUAUUUUUUAAACUUGUAUCUCUUGUUUUACAGUGGUAAAAUUACCAACCUAUGCUGUUUAGUAAGAACAAAUAUUUACAGUAUGUAAAAGUUUGGACAAUAAAGAUAUUUUCCAAUUUCC